GGCACAGCAAAACUGAGUGUUGAAAAUCUGGAGAUCUGAGAAAGCCUCCCAGUGUGCGUGCUGUGAGUGGAGGCUGCAGAAGGUUUCCCGCCAGUGCAACUGAGUCACUCUCUCAGCGUUUAAUGUGGAUGUCGCUGUUCAACAUGGACUUCCAAAAGUUAACCCGGCCUGAAUGAACUUCUGGCGAGAGUGGAUGGAUCUUCAGACAGGAAUUUAUGCACUAUGGAGAUGUUUGCCAGGCAGUGCUUUGUUUGGACACUUCUGAAAGGAACUUUUUGUUUGUUGGUUCUUGGCAACUUCACCUUCAGCAAGAGAUCAUCACCUGAACUCAACAGAGACCAAGACUUGUCUUCACAGAAAAACUGGGCACCUGAAACUAAGAGUUUGAAUCAGAACACCAAACUACCCAUCAAUCCUUUUAUUCCUCUUUCAAAGCAGGGACUUCUGGAAAUACUUGGAGCAAACGCCCAGUCGUCUUCCAACCCAUCCUUAAAGUUAAAGCUUCGUCCCAUCAUGACGUUCAGCUGGGGCGAGUUUUAUUCAAACAUCAAAACUGUCAAACUGAAUUUGCUGAUAAUGGGCAAGAUCGUGGAUCACGGGAACGGCUCUCUCGGAGUCUACUUCCGCCACAACUCCACAGGUGUGGGCAAUGUGUCUGUCAGUCUCGUCCCACCGAUGAAAGAGGUGGAGUUUGAUCUGGAGCGCCAAAGUGUGGUCAACCCCAAAGACUCGAAGACAUUCAACUGUAGGGUAGACUAUGAGAAAACCGAACGGAACAAAAAGGUGAUGCUGUGCAACUACGACCCCUCCAAGACAUGCGCUCAGGAGCAGACCCAGAGCCACGUUACCUGGAUGUGCUCCAAACCCUUUCAGGUUAUCUGCAUCUACGUGUCUUUCUACAGCACAGACUACAGACUGGUUCAAAAAGUCUGUCCAGACUACAGCUACCAGAAUCCAGGAGCCUACCUUCGCACAGGUUAAGCAGAUGUCGAGCCAAGCACAACAGUGGAGAAUAAUGUUUCAAUAAACCCAGUUUGAGCAGCUAUGAGCAAGUCUGAGGGACUGUUUUGGAAGUUUUUAAAGGGAUUCAAAAGUUUAGCAUUUCUCUAGAAAAUGUUUUUUUUUUCAAGUCCUAUAAUUCACCAAAUAAUGUUAAGUCUAUGUUUUUAGUGCAUCUUGCUUGUCAAAGACUACAAGAGCUGUAUUAGACUGUUUUCACCCAGUGCAUAUAAUUAGGAGCAUUAUUUUCAUUCUCAAUUGAUGUGAUUUUUCUUUUACAUUAUUGAAUAAUCUUUCGGUUUUAUGAAAUGACAGGAAGGUGUGAAAAAUGCUCAUCACAACCUUCAAAUUACUUGUUUUGUCCAAAACCCAAAGAUAUUCAGUUUACAAUCACAAGACAAAUUAAAGCAGAAAAUCCUCACAAAUGAGCAACUGGAGCUAGGUAAUCUUCUUUUAAAAGACUGAUGUGAAUAAUUAAUCGAUUCUCAAAAUAGAAACAGAUUUUUCUAUUUACCAAACGAACGUCAAGUAGCCUAAUCCUUGUAGCUCUAUACAUAAUUCAUCCCAUAAUACUUUGCAGCUAGACAAUAGCAAGUGUUUUGGUUUGUAAUGGCUAAUUUAGGCUUAGGCUAUAUCACCAUCCAUGUUUGUAACGCUAAAGAUAACAGACUAUAUACAUCUAAUCAGGAUAAACCAUUUGCAACAUUGUUAUUUUGCAUUUACAUUGUACACUUCAGUCAUUAUGUUCUCUCUCAGUUUGAUGAUGUCUGGAGAAACUGCUGUUUAAAAGAGCACAGAGUGACCAUGAAAGUCCUUUAAACUAUCGUACCAUUCAAUAGUCCUGCUUUACAAACAAGAUUUAGAACCAGAUUUGUACAUUUGUGAGUUUUUCCAUAACUGAAUUUGUUUGAUUUGGUCCGAUCAGUGCUUGUUACAAAGCUGAGGGAAGAUGUUUAUUAAAGUUUAGACCUUGUGUAGGCUAUAAACAACAAAAUGUACAGGUUUAGACAUUUUAAGUUGACCCCAUUAGCAACCUAUUAUUUCAACUGGUUGAGAAAGUACAUAGUUUGUUUCACCUACUAAUCAAAGUGAUGAUGAUGAUACCCAUGUACUCAUGGUAUAUCUGAUGUUAUUGCUGUUGCCCACAUGUAGAUAUUGGCUAGGGAUGCACUGAUCUGUGCUUUGCGUAUCGGCCGAUGCCCAGUAGGCCUACUGAUCGGAUACCAGUGUUAAAUAAUUAAGCUGUAUUUCUCACUGUGAGAUCAGGCUGGAAAUCAUUAUUUUAUGCAUAAGGCAAAAUCAGGCUUGACUUAGAUAUUGCUUCCUAACUUUGUAAAACAAAACGCUGUGUUAGCUCUCCUGGCAAAAUGUUCAGGUCUACCAGCACACUGCUAAUGCAUCAUGUGGUACACCUGUAAUUGAACUGAAUAGAUCGGCCAAUCCAGCUAUUUGAGUCAGUAUCUGAAAUCAGUAUCAGAUCUGUGCAUCCCUAGUAUUGGCUGCUCUAAUCUUAUAGUGCAGAUUUCAAUGCAAUAAAAACAGCUGUGCACACAAGGUGACACGUAGUUACUCUGUGACAGCUAAUCAAACUUCUUACAUGCGGUUUCCCAUUGGUUGUGAGAGUGCUGUGCCGGGCCACAAUUGGUCCUCUAAAACAGCGGUUGUGAAUAGUGAAAGCCAUGUAGGGGUUUGGGGUUGUUGAGUGGUUCAGGAGGCCCAGAACUUGGCAGGAGCCCUGUGUAACAUGCCAGGAAUUAAAUAUAUCUGUUUCUGAGUUGUUGUCAGUUUCAGCCUGGUGACUGCACCGCCGGUGGUGAAAGAAGUAUUCAGCUCCUACACUGAAGUAAAAGUACCAAUAUCACACUGGAAAAAUACAAGUAAAAGACCUGCAUUGAAAAUCAUGUGAAAAAUUCUGUAAGUAUAAUCAAGAAGAUGUACUUAAAGUAUUAAAAUUAAAACUACUCAAUGUAGAAAAA